AUGAACCUGAACGAGCGCAUCAUCAGCACGCAGCUGUUUGCGCAGACGAUCGACGAAACGGCCACCACAACCACGUCGGUCGGGAGCAGCGUGGGCUUGAGCGUCGGGUUUGCGCCGUUCGUAGCGGCGGCCACGGUCGGACUUGCCAGCACCAGCAGCAGCGCCAUCGGGACGGCGGCCAUACCGGCCAUCGAAUCGGUGGACGCUGCCGUCGCGGGGCCAUCCUCGUCGAAGCUGGUCAAGCAAAGUACCGAAAUCAUACCGUUCGCUUCGCCCCAUCGCCUCCACCCGAACAGUCCAGUACCUCCAGUACCGACGCACCUCGUGGCGUCCCCAAAAAGCACCAGCAAAACGACCGGCAAAAGCCGCAGCCUCAGCACGGGCUCCUACAUCACGAAGGACUCCAGUGCGCACUCGAGCACGGAACGGCUCACCAAGUCCAACAGCAACACGGAGGUGCACUGGGUUAACCAUGGGCCCCCGGCGCCGGGCCCGAGCGUGAUGGCGCAGAACAAAUCCCUCGAGGAGGGCCGCUCGAUGAUCUCGGCCUCGAAGGCAUCGCCACCGGUCCGGAAGCCAAUACUGCGAAAGUCGAAGAAAAUCGUACGCACCGACUCGGAGUUCCUGCAGGGCAACAUCUACGAGAAGGAGUCGAGCGUCUCGAGCUCCCAGUACACGCCGACCCGUGACCGGCGGCGGGAGCAGUUUGCCGACUACCGGAGCAGCAACCCGUCGUCCGAGACGCACAAGUCGACGGACGAAAGCUCUAAGAACAUGUCCACCGACGAGAUCGACACCGUGUUCUCGGACACGAUGGACCUGGAGCAGCUGGAGCAGGACUACCGGAUGCACCUGAAGAACAACCUGCAGCGCGAAUACAAGAGCGACAGCGACACGCUCGACGAGGUUGGCAAGAAGCGGGCUCCGGACUAUAACGCGUGGAAGAACCAGAGCUACGAGAACACGUUCGAUGGCUAUGCGAAGGAAACGGCCGAGCAGGCUGCCAGCGAGCGAACCAAGGAGUGCGGGCCAAGUGAUCGGGCGGAAUCCGGUUCGGUCGGUGGCUCCAAGAAAGAUCGGCCGACGGACCUAGAGCUGGGCUCAGCGUCCGACGGUGGCUGCAAGUCGUCCACAUCCACCACGGCCGACGGUCCGUUUGGGCAUCUGUUCGAGAAGAAUCUCGGACGCUUCAAGCGCAUGAACAAACUGCUCCGGUGCAAACGCUUCAGCACGUCCGCCCUGUACGAGAGGAAGUCGACGGCGACCGGCGCCGGUGGUAACGGAACCGCAACCAGCGAAAAGCCCAAGUUUACGUCACCGACGAAAAGUACCCCCAACGCCACCCGGUCGCCCGAGAAAUCGAUCCUCUCGCAGUCGAAGGUGUCCAUUAGCUCGUCCAAGUCGUCCCUGUUCGGGACGAAGAAACCCGGCUCGGGGUUCACCUUCAAGGGCAAGAAGUUUCUCUUCACCGGCAAAAGCUCGCCCAACAAGUCAAAGUCCAACAGCGAGAUCAGCUACUACCGGACCAAGUCAACGAAGAACACCAAAAAGGGCUCACUGAAGAACAACAGCACCGCUUGUUUGAACCUCGAAACGACCUGCACCUCACCACUGUCCGAGGCGUUCUACAACACGACCGGUAGCGUCCGGCUGAGCGCGAUGGAGCUGUACGAGAAGUUCUGCUCGCAGGACUUCAGCGGUCUGUACAAGCACGAAACGGUUCGGACCGACACCGACGGUAGUGGGACCGAUUCAAGCCACUACGAUGGCUCCGGGCGGCAGCUCGGCGCGAUCCGCAAGUACCGGCGGCGCAACUUCAAGCUGCUCCGGCAGAAGAGCGAACCGAAGUUCUCCUUUCGCACCGACACCCUGUACGAGGACAGCUACGACGGGGUGUGCUACCACGACGAGAAAGACGAAGAGGGCGAGUACGGCGCCGAGGAGUACAACCAGUUCCUGUACGACGAGCAGUACUACGAGGAGGACCUGGAACACUUCAGCAUCGAUCACCUGUAUUACCAGCGCAACGGGCUCGUGGCGCUCCCGGACGGGACCUACGUCCAGCGGUACGACGAACCCGACGAUGGCGACGAGGAACUAGAAGAGGAGGAAUGUGAGGAAGAGGGGGAUGAGGAGGAGGAACUGGAAGAGGAAGAGCUUGGGGAAGAAGUUCUGGAAUCGGACGAAUCUGGAGCAGGAUCGGAAGAAAAUCAAGAGAAUCUGGAAGAAGAUCGCAACGAGCAGAUUGAGCGAAGGAGACUGAACCGACUGCAGCUGCUACCGCCGCCACCGAUCAUCGAGUGUGUCCCGUCCAUGGACUCGGACUGUGACGAGAUCUACCUGAUGCCGCAGAACGACUCCACCAGUAGGCAGCUCAUCAUACAGGACUUCCUGUUCCACCACAGCAACAACGAGUUUGACGGCGCCAUCAGCGGCGACGACUACGACAUUGCCGAGGUAGACGAGGAGAAGGAGCAGCGGGAGGCAUCGGAGGAGGACUAUGGGCUCGAUCGGUAUGCGGCACCGGACAAGGAAACGCUGACGAUUUACAAAAUCUGCUCCAAGGAGAGCAUCCUCGAGUCCAUCCGGGGUAGUGCGGGCACGCCGGAAGCGGCUUCCGUCUCGAUGCCGCACAGUGUGUCGAUGGAGCAGUACGUGCUGCGUUCCGAUUGUGUGACAACGCUCGAGCGAACCGCUUCGCUGGAUCUGUUGAGCAACUCCAGCGGCACCCAGAACAAGUCCACGCUGACGGACUACGCGUUCGACACGGUGCGGAACAUCAACCUGGACAGCUGCAGCACCUCGCGGUUGAGUCUUUCGCUCAAGAGCGAAAUCUUCGAAGAAGCCACCAACGGAAGCCCCGGACAGGUUCCGGAGUCCGCUGCGAUCGACCAAGCCUCGUUGUCCGGCGGCGGCACGCUGGAAGCACCCGAAGCGAGCUCCGAAGUUCCGCGAAUCCGAACGAGUUGGAACAUCGAAGACUUUACCCUCACGCCCGAGGAAUCGUUCUCCGACGAGCAGCUACCUUUGGAUGGACCCCUAGCCAACCGAGCGCCAGCUUGCUGCUCCACCACCAGCCCGACUGGGCUGUCGCCACCAGAGGGCGCACACAGGGCCAGCGGUGAUGAGAUCGAGAAUGAGAACCACGCCACCAACGAACAGUACACGAUCGUGGAUCUGGACGAGGAGCCCUACCUGCUGGACCCUACAAUCUCCGAGUUCACGUCGGAGAUCACGAAGGAGUUUGAUCUGCUGUUUUCUCGCGCCGAAACCGAAUCGCUGGCUGCCGCCGCCGCCGCUGCCGCUACCACGCCGACAGCCGUGGAUGCGCUUCCGGUGGCGGCCGACGGGCUCGGCGACGUGCUGAAGCUACUGAGCGAUCUGCCGACGCGCUACUCGAUGCAGAUGCUCGAGCACAUCAACCUCGACGUGGACGAAAUUCGUGUACCGUGCCGCGACGAUGAAGACGAUGGACUUGACGACCGACCCACCCAGGAAGCGGUGGCCGACCACCACGACCACCAGCCACCACCGCAACCACCACUAGCCCCCUCGAAUCCAUCCAGAGCUCCUCAACCUCAGCCAGUUAGUGCCAAACCGCGGACGCUCCAGCCGAGCGGCAGCGGACGAUCGUCCGGCAAGGCGAAGGGGAGCGGCCGAUCGUCCGGCAGGCCGAGGACGACCGGCACCACCCCGACCGCGCAGGAAGCUCCCGGCCCGGUGGCCACCCCUGCGCCGGCCGCUGCGACCACCAGCGACCGGCUGGCGAAAGCACGCAGCCAAUCGUUGGGUAACUUGAGAAACAAAACCAAAUGUUUUCCAUUAUAG